CAAAAUUUAUGAAUAUGCACGAACAUGUUUUUGAAACAAAAUUAGAGAAAAAAACUAAAUACAAAAUUCGAAGCACAAGAAUUGAAAAGCAAAUGUAAGUGGAACAAAAGAAAAUGUUAUUUCUGGUAGAAACAUAUAGGAGGGGGAAACGUGAAAAGAACGGAAUCUAGGAGGGGUACCGACUACAUGUACACAUCGCGCGUUGGUUUCUCUUUUAGCGAACGAGCUAAUUUAGCUUCGCGUGACGUAUGGCUGCAUACGGUCCAAGAUUUUUAACCAAAAAACGUGCUAUUCCCAAUUUUUAAGGAAAACUAGGAGACGGGUAUCACGCCCGUCUCUAAAGAUACAAUUUUAUGCGCCUCUAAGUAAAACCGUUUUCAUAGUAGUGUAUGAUUUAUCAUUACCACUGCCCACAAACUGGUAUCGAGUGAAUAUCACAACCCUACUAAUUAAUGCCUUGUGCUAACCGUCACUAACGUACCGUAGUUUGUCCCCAUUUUACAAACCAACCACUAUUUUUAGAUUUUUUUCUCACAAAACUACAACUUUAUAUAUAUGGAUGUUUCACUUUAAUGACUAAUUGACCACACAUGUCAAUGAUAGUUCAUCAAUGAUAGUUCAUCAAAUUUUACAUAUGGGCCUUGCUCACAAACAUUAACGUGUUGCUCGCAUGUGGAUUCGGCUGACCAUUAAAGGCGGAUAAUCACAACUUUUUAGUUUCACGAGAACAUUGUCAGACCUGGGCAGCGGGAUUGCCCGUAGGUGUAAAAUAUUCUAAAAUAAGGGUGGCACGUGGAUCAUACAUUAUUUCUAUUGUAACUACUCGAUCAGAGUUAGAACUAGUCGUAAUAGAAGGGUACUACACGACCGUGUUCAAGUAGGACUCCUAAGUUGGUAUCUUGCUUGGAGUUCCAUGUAAUCAUGUCCCCCAAGACUAUAUGAGAAUGGGCAGGACCCCCUCCAAAGCAAACGUAGGGUAUUACCCUUUUGGCGGUCAAAAUCUGUCUAAAGUUUCAUGUUUCCUGCACCAUCGUGUUCCUGAUCUCGACGAUCCCUCACCUGAAACAUACCACCUCGGGGGUAUCCCUCGGUAGGUGCAGAAUCGCACACGUGGAGGGAAAAAAACCGCUUGGAGGGCAUGCUGCGUGUGGAGUGCAUCGGAUGGAUGCAUCGGGAGCUAGGCGCCAGAUGGGUGUGCUCAGGUAUGGAAUAACUAUUCCAUACCUACGCUACUAAAUAGUGCUAAUGUUGCAAGUACCAUAAAUAUCGCAGUAAUUAAUUUUCAAUGUUGUAAUGGAGCGUCUCAUGAAAGAUUCGCUAAUAGCUUUGUUUGUGAAUACAGCUGAAGGAGGUUUUUGGACAACGCAGUCUCACAAAAUCUAAAGCGACGAAUAUGACCUUGCGAAGAUCUUGUUGGUGCAUGUCACAAAUAUCGCAUGUGCUUGUUACUACAGCACUAUUAAUUAUCUUGGGCACUCGGCACUCGGUAGGACGCGAGAACUUGUUGGACCGAACCACUAGAUAGGUAAACGGAUUGAAUACUGACAUAUAUUACUGAUAUUGUAUUUGUUUUAUAUUUUUGUUUGAAUAUGAAGUCGGAUAUGGACAAUGUUAGUUUUCGUCGGAUAAAAUUGUAAUGGAUAUCGAUAUUAUAAAAAUAUAACUUUUAGUAUCAAAUACGAAUCGGUCAUGGAUAUUGAAUAUUCGAAAUUGGAUACGGACGAAUAAAUAUCCAUUCAAACCGGAUCAAAUUGGAAUACGUUGAAAAAUAUCGGUAGCAUUUGCAUCCCAACCACGUAGCACAAUAGCAUGGCCGGGGCCGGACAGUGACACGGGCCGUCAGCGUCAGCCAUCAGGGUCUGGGAAUAGUUAGAAGGAACCAGAUAUUUUACUAUGAUAGGACCUAUCUUGGCACGUUAGCAAGAUUUGUUCGCACAAUUGCACUGGAGAAAAAACGUAAGGUUAGGAAAAAGUUGAUGUGUCAGAUUUAGCACCAUAUACGAGGUGCUAUAUAAUGUGGAUGCCCUGAUUGGGCUGUCACCUGCAAGUCAGUCAACUUAGAGGCACCACACCAGUUAAUCCAUCCGGAAAAGCAAUCCGCCUCGCCGCCGCCGGAGAAGAUGAGCGAGCGGCGGUACACCGAGCAGGAGGAGGCCCUCGAGAUCAAGUCCCUCCGCCGCACCAUCGCCGCCUACGCUAAUAGUGCCACCAUCACCGACGGCAUGUUGCUCCCAGCGCUCCUCUCCACCCGUUCAUGGACGUCGUGAAGGUGGAGGUCGAGAACCUGGCAUCUGAUUUGCUAGUCGAUUGCAGGCUGCUCCCUCACGAAAUGUACUAGUCGAUCAGUUGGGAGCACGAAUCUCAAAACAACUUCAUCGACCGUCCUUUGCUAUGGGUAGCUGCCCCAUAGGAUAGCAUAACAUUUGCGGCACACGGAGCAGCAGCGGGCUAGCAUCAGUGGUGACCGGUUUGAUAAAAAUUCUUGCUAUCAAGAUGCAGCGGAAAGGGAUGUCAAGAGAUACGAGAGAUCAUUCAAAAUGCUUCCUCCUGCACACAAGGAACUUCUUUUCCACCUUGGUCUGAAGUACCAAAGACUCAGAUGGUGCAUAUCCAUGAAUGCAGCUUUUAUCAUGAAAAUGCUUGAGACAUUUGAGCCUCCUUUUGACAUGAGUCAGUAUGCAAAUGUCGGUGGUCAUGACCAUCCAUCAAACAUGCAUGGCCACAGUCAUGUGGAUUAUUGCACCCAUUCCAGUGGGAGGGGUGAUUGCUCGACAGUUUCUAUCUCCAGAAGCAAUUCGCAAUUGGAUGGGCAGCAUGAUAACCCCAAAGAGGAUGCCAAGACUCAUGAAUCUUCAAGACAAACUGAAAAUAAAAAGGACGAGGAAGAGCAUAUGGCAGGCUGUUCUCAGCCUGUUGGCAGCAACUUGGGAACAUCCCAAGGUGUAGAUGUAUCAUUUAACAGUGAUACAGAUGUGAGCACAGCUGCUUACUGUCAAGAUAAAGAUGUCUCUUCAUCUUCUGCUUUUGAUCAUGUAACACCACGACAUUGCGAAGGUUCAUUGUUCAAGUUGAAUGUUCCUCCAAUAGAUGUUGACAUGGUAAGAUGCAUCGUAAGAAAUAUUGUGAGAGAUUGGGCUGAGGAGGGUCAAAAGGAACGUGAUGAGUGCUACAAGCUCAUUCUUGAGGAGCUUAAUCAUCUUUUUCCUAACCGGAGCAAUCAGAGGCCUCCUUCAUGUCUAGUCCCUGGUGCCGGGCUUGGGAGAUUGGCUCUGGAGAUAUCUUCUCUGGGUUUUGCAAGCCAGGGGAAUGAGUUCUCAUAUUACAUGCUGAUUUGUUCAAGUUUCAUCCUGAACCACACCAAAGAGGCUAAUGAAUGGACUAUAUAUCCUUGGAUACACAGUAACUGCAAUUCUCUUUCAGACAAUGAUCAACUUCGGGCUGUUUCAUUUCCUGAUAUUCAUCCCUCAAGUGCAGGUAUCACGGAGGGAUUUUCAAUGCGUACUGGGGAUUUUGUAGAGGUCUACAGUGAGGAAAGCCAAGAAUCUGCAUGGGAUGCUGUUGUAACUUGCUUCUUCCUGGAUACGGCACACAAUAUUGUUGAAUAUAUUGAGAUAAUAUCAAAAGUUCUCAAGGAUGGUGGGGUCUGGAUAAACUUGGGCCCUCUUCUAUACGACUUUUCUGAUAUGACGCCAGAUGAUGAUAUGUCUAUCGAACUAAGUUUGGAAGAUGUGAAAAAGGUUGCCUACCAUUAUGGAUUUGUGAUGGAGGUGGAGAAAAUGAUAGAAACUACUUUCAGUGCAAAUAUGAGAGCAAUGAUGCAGAAUCAAUACCGUGCAGCAUUCUGGACCAUGAGGAAGAAUGCAUCUCGGGCAAAGGCUGAGAAGCGUUGUUGAAGCGAAGAUCAACAUCCAUGCAGCUUGCAGCGUGCGUGAUCUGUGGUACACGAGCUAAUAGGCUGAACUUGGAUCUGUCCAGUGCGUGUUUAUCCAGGCUGGGGCAACUGGGAUGAUCAGUUAGUGCGAUCAUUUUUUCGCCAUUGUAUUCGAACUUUACACACACCGGACGACGACAAAUCUAGAUACUCAUAUCAGAUUAGCUGCCUGAUUCACUUAGAAUAUAAUUGGCAUCACAAAGGAUAGGGCAUGUCUCCGCUCGCACUGUCUUAAGUUGCAUAGGAGAAAAGGAUGAGCUAGCUAGCAUACAAGGUGUCUGUUAAUUGGUUUGGAUGGAGAUGCAUUAAUAGCACAAGACUUGUGAUCUAUAAGCAAUGACUCCAGAGGUGUCUAAUUUGUGAAUUGAAUACCGUCUGUUAAUAGUAUAAUUUGUAGAGCACAGCCAGAUAGACGACCCUCAAUUGAGUUGUAGUGUAAAGACUUGGGAACUAUAUUUGUGAAAAUAUGUUAAUAUGUGUGAAAAUUAAUGUGUCUAUAUAAAAGUGUGAGAUGAAUUUCA